UUUAUAUAUAGGUAUGGCCACGCGAGGCAGGAGCAGAAGGUAGUUCUGCCUGCAGCCGAGUGCGUGGUGCGUGUUGAUUGUGGGAUACUGAACCGACGCGAUGAUUGUGAUUCUGGUGCCGUUCUUCUUGGCGGCGCAGCUACGCGACGCGGGCUGGCCCCAGGGCGCCGCCGAGAGCAGCUACCGCUUCAGCGUCAACUCGACGGCCGUCUCCGACUCGAGCCUUCACGAGCCCGAUCGAUCCACCCGCUUCGACAUGAGCGCUAUGCUCAAGUGCCGAUUCCGUGGGCCGGCCUCCCUCAUCUGUCGGAUGACCGAUUCUAAGGCGGUGAGCUUCGCCUCGACGACCGUGGACCCGACGGUGCCGGGUGAGCCACUUCCCGACACAAUGGAGGAUCACGCGGAGUACCAGCUCGCUGAGGAAGCCUUCGAGAUCACCUUUACGCCCAACGGCGUCGGCAAGAUCCUGGUCAACCGAACCGUCAGUCCCGGCGAUCUCAACAUGAUUCGGGCGAUCGUCAAUCAGCUCAAUAUCGGCGCCAAUAUAGCCAAGAAACGAGAGCCCGAGUUUAGGCACAUGGAGAAGUCCAUCAUCGGCAAGUGCGACACCGUCUACCACAUCAGCAAGAACUCGUCGGGGGAUUUCACAGACAGCUUUCGGAAGGGACCGUUUUACGCAAAUUGCUUGAUCCCCAGCUGUAGGCCUGGGAACAACGCCACGUGGGAGGACGAUUACAAGCUGAGCGGACUGGAGAGCCUCGGCCGACGGAAGGGCGAGACCAUGAGGCUCGAGAAGUGGCGCAACGUGAACAAGUGCAGCCUCCGAGCGGAUUACUUCUUUGGAAGUAGGGAGGGCUUCCGCACCGACCCGUCCGACAUGGAGGCCAGGAUCGUACAGUCGGAGAGCUCAAUGUACGUUUCGGACACGAACUUCGCCUCGAACACGUUCAACGAGCUGCAGAUCGCUCGGCAGCGCGGCGAGGACCUGAUCAUCUACGAGCACUACAGCCUGACCCUCGCAUCGAUCGACCCGGCCGAGACGGCCCAGCCCAUUUCGAUCGUCGACCCGGCUUCUGCCUCGGUCUACGCCUAUCAGUACGUCGACGACGACGAGGAGUCGGCCGAGCUCGUCAAACGCGCCCGAGCCACGCGACCUGCUUCUUCUUUUUCUUCUUCUUCUUCGGCUACUAUGCCAAGGACUGCGUAAUUGCCGAGACGACGGCGGCGGCGGCCUUGUUUAUUAGACGAUGUUGAGGGGUAUUAUGCGAUUUUUUUGCGCCACGCUCGCCGAUGCUAAUGAAAUGGCUUCAUUUGAAUGCGCUGAACCAGUGCUUUUUUCCCUCUUGGCUGGAGAACGGAUGAUAUAGCGAUCGAGGUUGUUGAUGAUGACGAUAUGCUCGUAUUUGAGUGGACGGCUUUUUUCUCAUUGAGUGCUUGGAGAAGCUUUACCAUGCUGAUGUAGCUUUUGAUGGAAUUGAUAAGGUGUUUAUAUAGGAAACUUCUGCGUACCUUGUAGACUUAAGGAACGGUUAAGAAAUAAAAAUAUUCCGUUAUAAAUAUAUAAUAUUAAGAAUACAGUUAUAGUAAUAAUGUAUGAACGUUAUAAUAAAUAUCCGAUUUCGUCCCUCAAUCAAAUAACGAAAAUCAACGAAAAUUACUCGUAACUCCGAAUUAUAAUGUAAGAAAACGAAGAUAUUCAAGUGGUACCAUACUUUACUGUAGGAAUAUGCUUAUUUUUGUAUAGCACUACAGGAUCAAUCUUAAUGGAACAUCGGGAUGAAAAUGGAAGGUUGUUGCCAAAAGAAAUGAGCAAGUAAUGAUUGCAAUUAUAAUUUUUAUAUAUAUAGAUUUAUUGAUGAUUUUCCGAAUAUCUGUCGAUAACGUCGAUUAUGUACAAAAUAAUGCUGAAAUAUAACUAUAUAUAUUAUAUGUAUAUAAUUAUAUAUAUAAUAUUAUUUUUAUAUAAUUUAAUGCAUUUAGAAUCCUAGAUGUAUAUAACAUAACCGCAAGAGCAGCUCGAUUCACAAGGAUAUCUCUGGCUCUCACUCGCUCGCUCGCAAAACGCUCAUCCGUAAUCUUUCACGCUUGCCGCCCUCGCUUCCUCCGCUUAUCGCAUAUCAUCUCCGGCCGAGGGGAUGAUAACCCUCCUCCUCCACUCCCGGGGCGCCUUAUCAAUGCUCCAAAAGUACGCGGAGGAGUCGAGAAAACGGAGCUUAAUUCUACAAUCGCGAGGGAGGCAGGCGCGAGAACUCGUCGCGAUAAAGCGCUCGGCGCGCGCGCCCUAUCCUCUCGCCUUCUCUCUCUCUCUCUCUCUCUCUCUCUCUCUCUCUCUCUCUCUCUCUCUCUCUCUCACUCUCACCUUUACGGAGCGAUUUAUCACACACGCAGACAUGCAUACAGACUGACGCGAUCACUUUGCGAAAACUUUGAUCGUCGAUAUAUGUAUUUACACAUUUCUUCGCGGUUUAUCCGGGGCAUGAAAGAGAUCCCCUUCGUAUUCGAGACACUGAUAAUGUUUAUAAAGGGGAUGAGGAUAAUCGAGGUUAAGUCCUGUUUUACCGACGAUCUUCGAGGGUUGGAUGAUAAUGGAGGUCUGCUCUUGGUAGAAAAAUAUUAGAUUAUCUUUAUAACGCGAGCUCGUUUUCAGUAACUAGAAUCGUCUUUUUGCAAUUUCAAAAAUACCAAGCAAGUCGAUAUUCUUUCAGUUCGAAAACGCUUUUCAUGAUGUGCUUAGGCGAUAAGGUAAUAAUAAUCAAGGUGAUAGGAAAUCUGUGGUAAAUAAAUACAAGGUUAUUUCAAGUAAUCGACUCGUACAGUUUUUUAUUAACUCAUAUUUGUCGGUAAAACAGACUCAAGACCCUUGCUUCCGCUAAUUAUUUUGUAACAAACACAAUGCAGACGGACUCUCGACUCUUUGUCUGAAUCGUCUUUUCUUUCCUUCCUCAUCAUUUAUUCAUAUAUAACAUUCUUUUGCCUUUUCUUGCUAUUCAUAUGUAUAUCGGUACUUACAAAGUGUAUGUAACGCUGAACGCACGGACAAUAAUAAAUAAGUUCAGACCUUAGCAGCGAAAUAAUUAACGACGAGGAUGUAUACACAUAUAGAUCAAAGAGGAAUGUUAUUUACAGAAAGAAAAAAUGGCACACGCUAUACAUUCGCCCGCUGCUAUGCCGUCGCUGUGCUACCUUCCAAUUCUCGGACUUUUCUUCCUUUUCUCCGUAUAUAAAUAAUAAAUUACAAUGUUCGUCCCAAGACGAACGUUCG